AUUAUUGCAAAAUACAACGAUAAAUCAUAAUCAUACAUGAUGACUAAAUGUAAAUGUAGAAAAGAGAAACCUGUUUUUAUUUCUUCUUUCAACAAAAAAAAACCAUAUCAACUCAUUACAAUCAAUUGUUGUUCUACAUAUCGUAUCUCGAAAAUAGUCACAUUCUCAUUAUCACCAGAAAUUUUUUUUUGUCAACAAAUCUUUUCUCGUUUUAUUCGCAUAAUAAAUUUUUUUUAUUGAUUUUUCACACUUAAUAUGGUCUUUACAUUUUCUGAUCAUACAUUUUUCUUGUUUAUCAAGAUGAGUUUCUAAUUAACAAUUUUCACCAACACCACUCGUUGAUUUAUCUCAACUGUAUGGAAUCAAUAAAACAAUCGAAUCAAAAAUUAUGGCUUGGCUUUGAUCUGAGCACUCAACAGCUUAAAUCAAUAGCCAUUAAUGAGGAAUUGAUCAUUGUUUAUGAAGCAUUUGUACAUUUUGACAAUGAUCUUCCAGAAUUUCGUACAAAUGGUGGAAUAUAUUCGGAUGCAAAAGCUCAUACAGCUACAGCACCUGUUUUAAUGUGGAUUAAAGCCAUCGAUUUAAUAUUAGAUCGACUUCGUCUUAAUGGUCUUAUUGAUUUUGGACAAGUUAUUGGCAUUUCAGGCUGUGGCCAGCAACACGGAAGUGUCUAUUGGAAACAUGGCUCUGAACGAAUAUUAAUGAAUUUAGAUCCAACUCGAUUUUUGCAUGAGCAACUAAAUCAAUGUUUCACCAUCAAAGAUUCACCUAUAUGGAUAGAUUCAAGUACAUCAGUUGAAUGUAAAGAAUUGGAAAAAUCAAUCGGUAGCGCUCAUCGUCUAGCUCAAUUGACCGGCUCACGUGCAUAUGAACGAUUUACGGGUAAUCAAAUUUCCAAAAUUAUCAAACACAGAUACGAUGCUUAUAGCCAAACUGAACGAAUUUCGUUAGUCAGUUCAUUUUUGGCAUCACUAUUCAUCGGUCGAUAUGCCCCAAUUGAUUUGAGUGAUGGAUCAGGAAUGAAUUUGCUCGACAUUAAUCGAAAACAAUGGUCUCUUGAUUGUAUUCGUGCAGUCAGUUUGAAUCAAGAAAAUGAUUUAAUGAAAAAACUUGGCCACGAAGUUGUGCCAACCACACAGUUAAUUGGAACAAUUAGUGAUUAUUUUGUACAACGUUAUGGAUUUGAUCCAGAUUGCUACAUAACAGCAUUUACCGGUGAUAAUUCUGCCUCAUUAGCCGGAAUGUGCUUAGGUUCAAAUGACAUAGCUGUAUCAUUGGGUACAAGCGAUACUAUUUUCUUCACCCUUUCAUCGCCAAAACCAUCAAUUGAGGGACAUAUUCUCUGCAAUCCUAUCGAUCACAAUCUUUAUAUGGGAAUGAUCGUUUCUAAGAAUGGUUCUCGAACUAGAAGAAGAAUUCGAGAUGAUUGCGCUGACAGCAAUUGGUCUAAAUUCAAUGAAUUAUUAGAUUCUGUGCCACGAGGUAAUUUCGGCAAUAUUGGAUUCUAUUUUGAUUUUCAAGAAAUAUCGCCUACGAUAAUUGGCGAUUUUCGUUUUAAUUACUACGGCAAUGAAGUGUUAAAUUUUGCACCAGAAAUAGAAAUUCGUGCUUGUGUUGAGGGACAAUUCUUGAGAUUAAAAAUACAUACUGAAAAUUUAGGUUUCAAAACAGACAAAAGCACUAGAAUUCUAGCAACAGGUGGUGCAUCUACGAAUCCAUCAAUCAUUAAAGUUUUGGCCGAUGUUUUUAAUGCUACCGUAUUUACUGAUUCGAUGCCAAAUUCAGGAGCAUUGGGAUCGGCAUUAUUGGCCAAAUAUUCUCAAGAAAAAAGUAUCAAGUCUUUUGAUGAAAUGGUGGAAAAAUUACGUGCAACAUUUAAGAUAGCUGCAAAACCUUCUUUAGAUGCAAAUGAUAUCUAUAGUGCAUUAGCUGUAAAAUAUCGUCAACUCGAAGAUCGAUUGACCAGACCAAUUUAAUGGUAAUGAAUGGCACAAGAAAUUUAUCCAAAAAACUGGAUGGUGCCAUUCGUUGAUAUGGAUUAAAAUAAAACAAAAAAAAAAAAUGAAUUUUUAAUGUCUGAUUGAA